AUGUCUGGUUCAAAGCGUGAAGCGGUGAAAGUAGUUCUGAUAGAAACAAAAUACGUUGAAACUGACCCAACGAACUUCAAAUCGGUGGUGCAGCAGCUCACAGGCAAAGACUCAUCCCUUGCAUGGAUGAAAGAGAGCUCCUGCGACUUCUCUAACGGUGCAAAGAGAGAGAUACUGCAUAACAAGAAGCAGCUCGAAGAUAACCAUGUUUAUGAUUAUAAUGAUAAUAUUAACAAUGCAUCGGCUUCCAUGUUGUCGAAAGGCAUGUCAUCUAAGGACCCAGACAGGUUGAUUUUGGAGCUUCCUGUGGAGGAGUUCUCAUUGUUGUAUAGCCUUUGCAGUGAUUCAUAG